AUGCUUCCUACAAGUUUGGCUGGGCCAACCCUCAAUUGGUUUAAGAAUUUGGCUUCAGGCUCAAGUGCUAGUUUCCAGGACUUGCGUGACAAGUUCAUAAGCCAGUACUAUAGGAAUAAACGCCCGGCCAAGGAUGUUUCAAGCCUUUAUACAAUGAAGCAGCACGAAGAUGAACGAUUCCAAGCUUUCCUCACCCGGUUCAACCUUGUCAAAAGCAUAGUAAUGGAAUGUCAUCCAUCCACAGCAGUCCAAGCGUUUAAACUUGCAAUGAACCGAAGGACACCAUACCACACAAGCCUGGUGGUGAAUACGCCGAAGACCAUAGACGAGCUGAACGAAAAAGCUGACGGUUUCGUGCGUCUGGAAGAAGAAGAGGCAGCUAAUGCAAGGAAGACAUCAAUUAUUUCAACAUAA